AUGGCGAAGGGAGGGCAAUGCUUGUUCGAGAAGCUUGGGAGGUGCGCUCGGACGGUUUUCUUCGUGGUGGCAUUGUUGGCGUCGCUGGCGGUGACGUCGCUGCCGGUGGUGGUGGCCGUGGUGGACGUCCUUGUCCCUUGCGUUCUGAUCUCAAACUUCACUUGCGUUAAGUGCUACGGCAUCAAGGAGCAUUUUCGUCGUUACGCUUUCAAGAGCUCGUUGACGGAUAUUCCUCUCGUUUCGGUCUUAAGAUCAUUUAUCAUUAUCUGUGUUUAUUCGGUUUGUGAUGUCCCUGCUCUCUCUCAUGGUCCUUACCUUGGAACUGUGACUCUGUGUUCCUUUCUCUCAAUUGUUCUCCUUUCAGUCAAAGCUUGUGUUUUCUCUGUAAAUUCUCAGAUUGAAGCGGAAGCUUCGGUUUCCUUGAAGAGGCAGAGACUCCAUUUGAAGAAGUCAUGGGGAAUGCCUGUGUUGUUUCUUUCAUCAGUUGUGUUUGCACUCGGCCACACUGUGGUUGCUUACAGAACCAGCUGCAGAGCACGGAGGAAGCUCUUGUUUCAUCGAGUUGACCCUGAAGCUGUCCUAUCAUGCAAAAAUGUUUUCUCUGGCUACCAGAAGGUCCCACGUUCUCCUACUCCUGCUGGAGGGAGAACUGCAAAAAGUGACAGUGAAUUGAGGCGUAGACCUUUUGGAACAGCUCGUGAUGAAAAACUGCUGGUCAGAUUACUUGCGGAUUCAGACAGCUUAUUUAUUACAUGCCAAGGACUUACUCUCCAUUACAAGCUGAGCUUGCCUGGUUCACCUCCACAUACGUUAUCCUCCACGUCCUGCAUUGAAUCAAAUUCUAGUUGCAGCACUUCAUCAAUGGCUGGAGGGUUGUCAAAAUCUAAUAGACAUUUGCUAAGUACAUCUCCGAAAAUCCAGCCACAGCUAUACAGGAGUUAUAGCAGUCAGUUCCACGGCUCAGCUCUAUAUGCUCCUCUAUUAGAUGGUCCUUUAACUUCUGUUGUUUCUGAAGAUAUCCCUGUUUUUCACCUGGAUGGUAUUUGUGAAGAAGAUGAAACUAGUAAAUUGGAUUCUUUAUCUCUGGAGCAAAAUUUGGAGAGUAAUGGCCAAUUAGGUAUUGUUUUAAUACAUGGGUUUGGUGGAGGAGUCUUCUCUUGGAGGCAUGUGAUGGGAUCUCUAGCUCGGCAGAGUAAUUGCACAGUUGCUGCAUUCGAUAGGCCUGGUUGGGGAUUAAGUUCAAGGCCGCAUCGGGAGGACUGGGAGGAAAAAGAAUUGCCUAAUCCUUAUAAGCUUGACAGUCAGGUUGACCUGCUUUUAUCUUUCUGUUCUGAGAUUGGAUUUUCUUCAGUAGUGCUAAUUGGUCAUGAUGAUGGAGGGUUGCUUGCUCUGAUGGCUGCACAAAGAGUUCAAACAUCAAUGAAUUAUUUCAAUGUUACUGUGAAAGGGGUUGUAUUGCUAAACGUUAGCUUGUCAAGGGAAGUGGUUCCUUCCUUUGCAAGAAUCCUUCUGCAUACCUCACUUGGAAAGAAGCAUUUGGUUCGCCCUCUACUAAGAACGGAAAUCAUGCAAGUGGUGAAUCGGCGUGCUUGGUAUGAUGCUAACAAAUUGACAACAGAAGUUUUGACUCUUUAUAAGGCUCCACUAUCUGUUGAAGGAUGGGAUAAAGCACUUCAUGAGAUUGGUAAAUUGUCCUCUGAAACCAUCCUUUCAGCAAAAUAUGCAGAAUCAUUGCUACAAGCUAUAGGAGACAUUCCAGUAUUAGUCAUUGCAGGUGCAGAAGAUUCCCUUGUUUCUUUGAAAUCUUGUCAAGCUAUGGCUUCAAAACUUGUAAAUUCUAGACUGGUUGCGAUAUCUGGAUGUGGCCAUUUACCCCAUGAAGAGUGUCCAAAGGCAUUGCUUGCAGCUAUAUCACCCUUCAUUAGUAGACUCCUGUCUGUAUCUGACUCGCAAAGCCAGUAAGUUCAUUUCUUUUAAAGCUAAUUUACAUAGGGUUGUUAUCUUGUAAGGGCUAUGUACGAUCUUCCUUUCCUUUUCCUUUUCCCGUCUUUCUUUUGGUUUAUUUCCUUCUUCUGUUUCUUUCUAAGCACUAUUACUUCAAGAGGGAGAGACCAAAGGUCAUCUUUCUCUGGGGUGUUUUUGACGUCCAAGUUUUAGGGGUUUUAACCUGUAGCUUCUCCAUCUUUUCCCACCUUUUUUAGCAGUCAAUGUUAUGAUCGUAUGAGGUGCCUUGUCAUUUCCCACUAAAAGAAAGUGGGGGAGACA